AGCAUCAUGGCGGCGGUUAUCGGAAGUUUGCUAGCAGAAAUAGCCGAAAUGGAGGAUCCAGUUGAGGGACUCAGGAGCCUUCGGACGGCUGUUUUGGCGACUCCGGUUAGCUCUUUGAGGGAAACCUUAUCCGUUGCGCAGCUGGGAAUCAUUUUCUCGCUGCUGAACACGAAUGACAAGGAGCAGAUAGAAGUUUGUGUGGAGAUUCUGGGACGAGUCUUGGAGGUAUUGGAUCCUGCCCACCUGGCUCGCAACUGCAAAGUGGAGCUCCAGAGUGGACUUAACCAUCCGGAUAAUUCUGUCCGAGUGCUCGCCCUCACUCAGAUUGGCCGGGUGCUCAGCAGUGCUGAUGGGAUUGCACAGGUGACAAAUAAUCCCGAGAUUCUCCAAGAUGUGAUCCAGUGCAUGGGGGUAGAAAGUGUAGGUGUAUCUAAAGAGGCGAUAUCUGCCCUCAGCAAGCUAAGCAACACCAAGGCAGGGCUUGACACGCUGUUUCACUCCGAUUUGUUAAAAAAUCUCAAAGAAGUGAUGGACAUCAGUGACGUUGUCAGAUACAGAGUAUAUGAGCUGGUGGUGGAGAUUUCCUCUGUGUCCCCUGUCUCACUGGGUUACUGCGCCAGCAGCAGCUUUGUCUCUAAACUACUUGAGGAACUGACUGGAGAUGAUGUUCUUAUCAGAGCAACAGCUAUAGAGAUGGUCACUGGUCUGGCCCGGAGCCAACAUUGCCGUCAGUACCUGGCGCAGAAGGGAAUCAUAGAUAAAAUAUCCAACAUGAUUGUGGCCGCGGACUCGGAUCCCUUCUCCAGUUUCUACCUGCCAGGCCUGGUGAAGUUCUUUGGGAACCUGGUCAUCAUGGACAGCCCACAGCAGGUGUGUGAGAAUUACCCAGUAUUCCUCAACAUGGUGUUUGCCAUGGCAGUGUCCUCUGACUCCACACAGAUCCCUGUUGCCCUGGAUACACUGGGAGUGCUUGGUGGUACUGUUGAAGGCAAACAAGUCCUGUACAAAACAGGUGAACAGUUUAACACCGUGAUAAAGCGAAUGAGUGAGUUAGCCCAAGGUAAAGCUACUGAUCUCAGAGUGAGGAGUCUGGAGGCCAUUGCUCAGCUACUCACACUGCCCGUGGAGCAGCAGACGGAUGAUCUGUUGCGGCUAACGGAAUCGUGGUUCUGCUCUCUGAGCUCUAAUCCGAUGGAAAUGAUCAGGAACAUCAGCAGCCAGCCGUUCCCUGAGUUGCACUGCAGCGCACUACGCAUAUUCACUGCAAUUGCAUGUCAGGCUUGGGGCCAGCGAUUGAUGAUGUCAUCACCUGGAUUUGCUGAAUGGGUGGUGGAGCGCUCUGUUAGUAAGGGGAAGGAGGCAAAGGACUGUAAAUUCGAGCUGGUCGGUGCCCUGUUGAGCUCAUCUAGCACACAAGAAAUCUUUGGCCCUCAAAAUUACUUGAAGCUGAAAACGUACCUAAAGGAGGGGCCCUACUACGUCAACGCCAUAGCCUCCAUCACCACUGAAGGAGCAGACUAAGUUAAAAAGUACAAAAGGAAAUUCUUUCCCUCUUGGCAUAAAAACUCUGAAUCACUAACAAGUUACUAUUACGGAUUGAGACAAACACACGCACCAGUUAUACUCAUCCUAUUGUUACUGGAACCAAUUCAGCCAUUUUCCUUUUGGAAUAAAAACUCGCAUUACUCA